UUUUGUCUCUUCACAUGUCAGCUCCAUGAGUAUCACUAUGUUGAUCAGAACAUGACUUGGGCUGAAGCUAGGCAGCACUGCAGGAACGAAUACACUGAUCUGGCGACAGUGAGCAGCAUGGCUGACAUAGACCGACUCAGAAAAAUAAACUCAGAAAACAAACAUGUCUGGAUUGGUUUGUUCAACCAAACAGGCACAAUUGCUAUUUCACACUGGUCUCUGCCCGGACUGAAGUUCAAUGAAAGUCAGGCAAAGUGGAACGAUGAUGAACCAAAUGGAGGAGUAGCUGAGACCUGUGGGGCUAUUGAACAUAUUACUGAUGAAAAGUGGUUGGACAUGUCAUGUAUGGAUAAAGAACAUUUCCUCUGCUAUAAUGGAAGCUCUUCUCCUAAGUAUUAUUUAGGAGAUAAAAUGACCUGGUUUGAUGCUCAGAAAUACUGCAGAAAGAAUCACACAGAUCUGAUCAGUGGACCACAGCUGGAGGAGCUGCAGAAGCAUAAUGAUGUCACAGCAAACAUAAUACAAUUAUAUGAUAGAACAUCUGUUGUAAACUGGAACUCACUAUCAAGUUACAAAUACAUUUUUAUCGGACUGUUCAGAGACGCUUGGACCUGGUCAGAUGGCAGCAGUUUCUCUUUCAGACACUGGAAUUUGAAAUACAACAGUUCAAGUGAAAAACACAACUGCACCAUCCUGAACCAGGACGGUGUGUGGGAAACCAAAAUAUGUUCUGAGAGGACACCCUUCAUCUGUUACACAGAUCAUGUGAUCCUGAUCAAUAAAAGCAGGACCUGGGAGGAGGCCUUAUACUACUGCAGACAUCACCACCAUGACCUGGUCACCAUCACUAACCUGGAUGAUCAGAGAUGGGUUCAGGAGAAAACCAAGAAUGCUACAACUCCUUAUGUGUGGACUGGACUCCGCUACACCUGCACUCUGGGGUUCUGGUUCUGGGUCAGUGACGAGGUGGUCCGCUACAAGAACUGGGCCUCACCUGAACAGGUGAAUGAGUGUGACAUGUCAGGAGCCAUGGAGACAGGAGGAGAACACAAGUGGGUCAAGAAACAUGACGAGGAGACUUUUUCUGUUCAAAGUGAAAAUCUGAUCACUUAUUGCAGGAUUCUGUUUAUUUGUUAA